CCCCUCCGGCCCUCAAACAAGCGUCUACCCGCCGGCCCGUUCCUACAUAAUAGACUGUCGCCCCUGUCAAAAAUGGCAACCGCUGACCCAUUUGAUGCGGCGCUUGACCUCCUCCGGCGCCUCAAUCCGAAACACACCACUUCGCACCUGAAUUCCAUCAUCUCCCUCGCUCCAGACCUGACCGAGGACCUCCUCUCCUCCGUCGACCAACCCCUCGGAGUGCGCGGCUGCCGCCAGUCAGGUCGAGACUACCUUCUCUGCGAUUACAAUCGCGACGGCGACAGCUACCGCUCUCCCUGGAGCAAUGAAUUCGACCCGCCGCUAGACGAGGCUGGUCUGGGCGGCGUCUCAGGCGCUGGGAACGACGGGGCCGGCGAAGGGGCUGUCCCUUCGGAGCGGGUCCGUAAGAUGGAGAUCAAGGCCAACGAAGCCUUUGACGUAUAUCGCGACCUUUACUACGAGGGGGGUGUCAGCAGCGUCUAUUUUUGGAAUCUCGACGAUGGGUUCGCUGGAGUUGUCCUGUUGAAGAAGCUGUCGAACCCCGGAAGCACCUCGGAAGGUGUAUGGGACUCGAUCCAUGUCUUCGAGGCCAUUGAACGCGGCCGGUCCACGCAGUACAAGCUCACCUCGACAGUGAUCCUCAACCUAUCGUCGAGCGGUACGGCCCUGGGCGAAAUGGACCUCAGUGGCAACAUGACGCGGCAGAUUGAACAGGAGCUUCCCGUGGAUGGGGACGAGAGCCACAUUAUCAACAUCGGCAGGCUCGUCGAAGACAUGGAGCUCAAGAUGAGGAACCUGCUGCAGGAGGUGUACUUUGGCAAGGCCAAGGAUGUCGUGGGCGAUUUGCGCAGCGUCGGAAGCCUGAGCGAAGCGGGCAGGGACAGGGAAGCACAGCGAGAGAUUAUUGGCAGCAUGCGGAGGUGAGAGGGGACGUCUGGUUCCCUUUUUUAUUUUUAUUUUUUAUUGUAUUUUUUUACGCAGAUUCUUUUAUUUCCCCAUGCAAAGCAAAGAGAGACAAGACAUGCAUUGUUGGCCGGCCC